AUGGGAUACCACCUGACGUCGCAGCCUUCCAUCUUCUCCCGGGGGGGGAUCAAUUUUACACCCCGGCGGUUGGAGUUGCCGGUCCCCGGCCUUUCUUCGUCUCGCAGUGGAUACCCUAAACUCCCUGGUGGAUGCCCCGAGCUGGGGCUCAUAACUUCACCGGACCCUGACGAGGGAGGGUGUGCCAGUCCCCACGGGGAGGCCGUCGUCUCUCCUGGCUUCGCCCGACAUUUCGUGGCUCUCUGGAGAACCAUUGAGGAAGAGGAGAACCGUGAACACCUCGCACCGUCGAGCUCGACCGUUUCCACCCCCGAGACGCCGCCGUUCCUGGUGGAGGUCGUCGAUCGGAUAGUCCUCGACGGCGAACCUCUUGACCAGAAUCUGCGCGUGGCAGCGUGUUUGGCGGCCAUGGAUCCGCACGCCAGUAAGCACUGGAAGAGCCUCCUGGGGUGCGAGAAAAAGUCUAGAGUGAACAACUCCCUGAGGGCAAUUCUUAGCGUCGUCUUCAGGCUCGCAAUCGACGAGGUGGGGCACCACCUCGUACGCAAGCUUAUUUCGGCCUGUGACGAGAAAAACCUCCAUGUCGUCGUGACAGAGGUGGCGGCCCACCAGAAGCAGCUGCUGGAGACGGCGAAGAACGCACUUGGGUAAGCCUACCUUCUUCUUCUUCUUCCACCUUAUCCUACGUGGGGGACUAAUUGGCCCCUUUUCCCGCCUGCAGGGUGAAAUGGGUUCAACAUCUCCUCCAGUUAGCCAAGCCGUGGAAGACCCUGAUCUGCAUACUCAGCUUCGCUCUCUUCGGCGGCGCCGCCGACCUCAUGAUGGACAAGUACGGUUCCCGGCUCAUCAAGGAGUGCUUGAGUCGCCUCUGCUGCCAGCAGAACAGGGUACGAUGCUCUUCAAGAAACCGACACUUCCUAUCUUUUUCUUCGCGCGGCGCCUCUUCAAAGGCGCUGAAACCCUGUAAAUGCUCCUCCAGUUUAUAUACGUUGCGGCCCUGGAUAAUCUGACGACAGUCGCCAAGAACGAGUGCGGGUGCGACACCCUCAUCAAGAUCAUCGACCAUGCUCCGGCCGCGACCAAGCACCAGCUCCUGACUGAGAUAAUAUCACAUUCCACGUGCCUCGCCCAGGAUCCCUACGGGUUCGAGCGGAGACUUUGACUUCUUAGGCUUUCUUCCCCCUCUUUCGCUUCACGGGUUUUCUGACGUCUAAAGGUCUUUGACGGCGGCCACAGGAACUACGUCGUCCAGCACAUCUUCGACCUGGGGGAGGAGAAGUACGAGGAGAGGCUUUGCUGGGAGGUAAGGAGCCACCUGCUCCAACUCUGCACGCAGAAGAACGGCAGCCACGUCGUGGAGAAGUGUCUGGCCUCUGCCGGCGGGCGGCUUCUCCUCGAGGAUCUGGUCUCCCACAAGAAGCUUCUCCAGAUCGCCCAGGACUCCUACGGGAACUACGUCGUCAACGCGGCGCUGAGGCUCUCCAAGGUGUGUCAUCUCCAUCAAUUCCCCCCCUCAAUCACCCUUCCUCAUUCUUACUCUUCCUCUCAGAUUCCUUCUCACACAAGAAUAUGUUGCCUCUUUGUGCGCAGACGGCGGCGCCCCUGCUUCACCAGAGGCUGGUGGAGGCCCUCAGAGUUCAUUCGCGGAGUCUCAGGCACCAUCCCCACAGGAGGCACGUUUAUAAGAACGUAGCAGAGGGGGCGGACUACCGAUCAACAUCAAAAUGA